UCAUUUAACCCAGGUCCUGAAGGUGGAUAAUCUCUGGACGCUCCUGAAACACUGCUCCAUUCACCGCAUUCCUCCUGCAUGCUGUCCAAGCAUGCUGCCUGUCAGGAGGCUGAGCAUUCUCAUCCUCCUCUUUUCACUGUGCAAUGCUGACAGCAUAUGCACAACUGAGUUCAAGACGGAUCCACCUGAGAUUUUUGCAGAAUAUGGAGGAAUUCCUGUAAUUGUAAACUGUACCACCAGACUGGGCGAUCAUUACGGACUAUACUGGAGAGUUGGGAAUGAAAGCUCUGACAUUGAAGAUGAAGAAAUGUUUAUCUCCCACUUAGUGCCAGUGUCAGACUGGAAUGUGACGGCCGAGUGCAAAAUGAAGCUCAAUGAGUCUUAUGAAUGCAGCAAGGAACUCAAAGUUAUUUUAUUCAAGAAUCCAGAAGUUUUUCAUUCUGUACAGUUUGUGAAUGUGAUGGGAGAAGAAACACAGUACAGACUGCAGUGCGAUGUAGUCAAUGUUGCUCCUGUUCAGUACCUCACUGUUAGCUGGUACAAAAACAGUGAAAAAAUCCAGACAGAGUCUUUCAAUGACACAACAACCAAAACUCCAGUAAACAAGUCCUCGAUUCUGAGAGUCAACAUCCGCAGAGAAGAAAAUGUAGUUGAGUUCAGAUGUGAAGCUCAGCUCCACUUUGGACCACACAGACCAAAACUUCCUGCCAUUUCUCAAACACACAGCGUUUCAGCCCGCUAUGCUCCGGAGCUAAAGACACAAAAUAGUACUGAUGACACUUAUGCACUUGAGGGCACUAAUAUCAUCUUGAGCUGUGAAGCUGUUGGAAACCCUCUUCCUAUGAUGUGA